UCAAAGAAAACAAAAAUAAGAAAUCAUCUGUCAGAAGUCGGUUUAUGGGUCACUGCACUGAAACUGAACGGGAAUAUAUCUCGUCUGGUUUAGUCUGUUUCAUUUAACUAAGGAUUAGCAAUAAAUCUGGUGUCGUAAUUUCUGUACAAUGAUAAGAAGGCCGAUCGCUUACCUCACAAGGAGGGAAACUUUUAGUGCAAGUCAUAGACUACACAGUCCGCUGUUGACAGAUGAAGAAAAUCGAGAGAUAUUUUCCAAAUGCAACAAUCCAAAUGGUCAUGGGCACAACUACACAGUUGAAGUCACCAUCAGGGGCCCCAUCGAUCAGAAAACUGGAAUGGUGAUGAAUCUGUCUGACUUGAAGAUUUACAUGGAAGAGAGUAUCAUGAAGGUGAUGGAUCACAAGAAUCUGGACAAAGAUGUCCCUCACUUCCACAAUUUGGUCAGCACAACUGAGAACGUGGCCGUAUUCAUUUGGAAUUCGCUGUCUGCCCAACUCCCGAAUUCUAGUCUGCUCUAUGAAGUGAAAGUAUUUGAAACCGAUAAAAACAUAAUGGUCUACAGAGGAGAGAGCGAAUAAAUCAACUAACAAUGUACACUGAAAGCUUCUUGGACACGUUCCAGCAGUGACCGCACGAUUCCGCGAACAGAGACCGGCUAUCUUUGUGUUGUAUUAUACAUCCCAAGUUCCUUUUGUUUUGUUUUCUCGAUGGAAAUUGUGUUGGCAAACGUUCUAUCGACUUGCAACUACUGUAACUCAUACACAUAUAAGAUACUUUUUGAGAAA